AUGAGCAUUGUUGGAUUUGCUGAUAAUGAGCUUCUUGAGUAUGUUGCUAAUAGAUCAAGCAAACUAAGACGUCUUGAAAUCUCAUGUUGCUAUGAGGAUCCGUAUGAAAGUUGGAUUGAAGCUUUGAAGAAAUGUCCAUUAUUAGAGGAACUCAGUAUCUGCCUAACAGAUAUCCCAAAAGAAGCUAUUGAAACUUCAGGGCGUUGUUGUCCCAUGUUAAAAACACUAAAACUUAACGACAACCCAUUGAGAAACCGUGAGUUCCCUAGGGUUGCUAAUGAGAGAGCAAUAGCAAUUGGAGAGAACUUAUGUGAGUUAAGGCACCUUGAACUCAUUGGAGACAACAUGUCGAAUAUUGGGUUAGAGGUGAUUCUUGAUGGAUGUCGCCACCUUGAAUCACUUGAAUUGCGUGCAUGUUUUUACCUUGAUCUUGAGGAGGGAGAUCCAGAUCCAAUUGGGAAAAUAAAAUGUUUGGACAAUAAUAUUGAAUGUGUAAAACUGCCCAAAGAUUCUCUUAGUGGAUGCAUAUAUAGGGAGUUUUUAUAUAACUAUGAUGACCGUAUUAAGACUUUCUUCGGGUUUCUUGAUGACGAUGACAAAUUACCAAACAUGGAGGAGUUGAGGAAGACAUUGGCUUCCUUGUCCAUGCUUGAAUAA